AUGAACUGGCAAACUAUUAUGUCACGGGGUUCCCUGAUAGGUACAAAGAAGGAGGAGAUACGCGAGCCAUUUAGUAGAUUUGGGAAGGUAAUGGACGUGUAUCUUGGACUAAAAAAGGAUUAUUACAGAAGAAACUUUUCCUUCGUUAGAUAUGUCGGCAUCAAAGACAUUGAAGUCUUGGAGUCGAAACUACAAGGCAUCAAAUGUAGAGGCAAUAUACUCGAGGUGAAUAUCUCGAAACAUCAAUGGAAACCCAAACAACAUCAACAACAACAGCCAAUCUGGCAGCCCGUGCCAAGAAAGAAUAUGCAAACUAACAACUACCAUGGUGAGCAAAAGUAUUAUUUGAAGCUAAGAGGUAAUAGACCUUAUGCCCAAUUCAUCAAUGAUACUAACGGAAAGAAAUCCCAACAACAUACAUCUACGAUUACUUUAAAUCCCAACACGUUCAUGACAGAUUGGUUGAAGAAAGGAGUACUAAUUGGUGAAACACACAGCCUCGAUCACAUGGCCAAUAUCCAUGCACUUGCGAAUAGAAGAGACUACUCCAUGGGAAAAGUCGGUGUACUCACUUCAUCAAGGAGAUGGAUCAAUGAAGAAAUCACGAUUAAUUCAAAUGGACAGGAAUUCAAGGUUGGUGUCGUGGAGUACACCGACGAAUGGUCUCCAUUCAAACCCACCACAUUCGAUAAGGUUGAUGAACAUGACGAGGAUGACAAUAAUACAGAAGGAAUUUCUGAAACUUGGAUGGAGGAGGAGACGGAAGAACCAGAAGAAGGGGAAAUUCGACCAGAGGCCAUGGCGGAAAAUCUGGCCCAACCGGUCGAUCAUCAAACUCCAGCGACCGUGAAGAAGACAUCGGUAACCGGAGGAAACAAAAAGUCUCCAAGCAAUGCACCGUUGGAACCAAAUCACGAGACAUCGUGUUUCAAUGUAUUAAAUGAUCUUAAUGCUGGAACGUCGCAUGAAGUUCCCAGUGCCUUUUCUAGGUCAAUUGAACACCGUGAUGCUCCUGUUAAACACAUGAUGGAUCGCACCCCAAAAGUUGGGCCUUCAGCUACAUAUAAUAUCGGGCCACUGGAAAAUGGCGGUGGACAUAAAUAUAAAAAAAAAAGGAAAAGGGAUAAGGUAGUACUACAUUCCCCAAAUUCCCUGAUACAAGAUUCCAAUUCAAAUCCUCCCAUCUCAAUGUCGAAAUUGGUGGCUUCUAAUUUUUCCAAUGAAGAGAUGGAUUCAAUCGUGAAUCUCUUGAACGGAGAUGGUGUUAGUCCUAUCAACAAUAAUCCACAGGAGAAUAAUGAAAGUUCUCAAUCACCAGAAGCUAGAGACACGGCUGCAAUUGGAAAUUUGGUCGGGUUCCAAAUUGACGCUACCGACCCUGGGAUUGCAGAAACUGAGGCAGAAUCCGGAGAGAAAUUUGGUAACCUAUGA